UUGGACCCCAGAUAACCCCUCAUUUUCUCUAAAACUUUCCCGGAAAAAAGAAACAAAGAAAAAAAAUGAGACACGAGUCCGAGGAAGCACUCUUGCUUUCUCCCUAACCAAACACCCUCUCUCUUCCUCUUACUUCAGUCUCGCUUCAGCAGCACAAUCAUGACUUGACAAAACCAACGACACGACACACAACACACAAAGACAACCAUAACAACCCCAACUUAAAGCUCCAAUAACAACAACAAACAGAGACAUCAUGGGCGCGUCGCUAUCGAACCUUACUGAUAACGGUGCGACCAUGGGUCCGGGACUGGGGGACAUACCGGAGAGCUGCGUGGCGUGCGUGUUUUUGUACUUGACUCCACCAGAGAUUUGUAAUCUCGCCAGAUUAAACCGCGCUUUUCGAGGUGCGGCGUCUUCCGACUCUGUUUGGGAAAAGAAGCUUCCGCCUAAUUAUCAAGAUCUGCUCUGUUUUAUGCCUCCUGAACGCUAUCAAAAUUUGUCUAAAAAAGACAUUUUUGCCCUCCUCUCUCGUCCCGUUCCCUUUGAGGAUGGAAAUAAGGAAGUGUGGAUAGAUAGAGUUACGGGAAGAGUUUGCAUGUCAAUAUCGGCAAAAGCGAUGGCCAUAACGGGAAUUGAAGAUCGCAGAUAUUGGAAUUGGAUUGCUACUGAAGAAUCUAGAUUUCAUGUUGUGGCCUAUUUGCAACAAAUAUGGUGGUUUGAGGUAGAUGGUGUAGUGAAGUUCCAUUUUCCUCCUGAUGUCUAUACUCUGUCGUUCAGGCUUCAUCUUGGAAGAUUUUCCAAAAGGUUGGGACGGCGAGUGUGUUAUUUUGAGCACACCCACGGUUGGGAUAUAAAGCCUGUACGAUUUGAGUUGUCUACUUCUGAUGGUCAGCAAGCAUCAUGUGAGUGUUGUUUAGAUGAGACUGAACAAGAUGAUGUAAAUGGCAACCAUAAGCGUGGAUGCUGGAUAGAGUAUAAGGUUGGUGAAUUUAUCGUUACUGACUCAGAACCAGCAACUGAAGUUAGGUUUUCAAUGAAACAGAUUGAUUGCACACACUCUAAAGGUGGGCUUUGUGUAGAUUCCGUGUUUAUCAUACCCAGUCGUUUGAAAGAGCGGAAAAGGAAAGGUUUUUUAAAGUAGGUGACUCCUGUGUAUUAUGAUUCAGUUUUGUUUCAUUAUACUUGUGCAUUGGCUUUGGUUAUAUGCUCUUUUUUUUUCCCUUGGGGGGGUGGGGUAGGUGCUUCUGUUAAGCAUUUUGUAACUUUGUUGUGAUACAAAUGAAACACUGUUCAUUCUUAAAUCUUUACUGGAAGCAGUAUCAUGUCACUUAAUUUUCUUUUUGUUUAA